UGGGGAUAACGUAUUUUAUUUUUUCUUUCUAGGUUUUUCUAUUUUCUUUUCUUUUCUUUUCUCAACAUGUAUCGUUUAUCAAAAAGACUUAACUUGCGUUUGUUGUCCAGCACGGUUCGAUCCAACGUAAGCCUGAAAGUAUCAUAACACCAGCUUACUUAUACAUUAGAUGGGCGCCAUGACACAAUCCUAUUCCACUAAAAUUACGGGUCCGGUUAUCGGCAUUGAUUUGGGCACUACGAAUUCAUGCGUGGCUGUGAUGGAAGGAAAAGUACCUAAAGUGAUAGAAAAUGCAGAAGGAUCACGUACGACACCUUCUGUAGUUGCCUUCACAAAAGACGGCGAGCUUUUAGUGGGUCAAACAGCCAAACGUCAGGCUAUCGUUAAUCCGGAGAAUACAAUUUACGCUACAAAACGUCUGAUUGGUCGUAAAUUCAACGAUCCUGCUGUUCAAAAAGACCUUAAAAGUGUAUCUUAUAAAAUCAUCUCACAUACAAACCAAGACGCUUGGAUUGAAGCCACGGGUAAAAAAUACUCGCCUGCUCAAAUCAGUGCUUUUGUGUUGGGCAAAAUGAAAGAAACGGCUGAAGGCUACUUGGGAAAAAAAGCAAAGCAUGCUGUAAUUACAGUCCCUGCUUAUUUCAAUGAUUCUCAACGUCAAGCCACGAAAGAUGCAGGUACCAUUGCUGGUUUAGAAGUUCUACGUGUCAUCAAUGAGCCUACAGCAGCUGCUUUGGCUUAUGGUCUUGAUAAAGCAGGAGACAAGACCAUUAGUGUAUAUGAUUUAGGCGGUGGCACGUUUGAUAUCUCCAUUCUUGAAAUUCAACAUGGUGUGUUUGAAGUCAAGUCAACUAAUGGCGAUACAGCACUGGGUGGAGAGGAUUUUGAUUCCAAGUUGGUGCGCUAUGUUGUAGAAGAGUUCAAAAAAGAGUCGGGCGGCCUGGAUAUAUCACAUGAUCGUAUGGCUAUCCAGCGUAUUCGAGAAGCCUGUGAAAAGGCCAAGAUUGAAUUGUCCUCAACGGUUCAGACAGAGAUUAACUUGCCUUAUAUCACAGCAGAUGCCACUGGUCCCAAGCACAUUCAUACCAAACUCACUCGCUCAAAAUACGAGUCUUUAGUUCAAGACCUGGUAGAUAGAACCAUUGUACCUUGCGAAAAAGCAGUCAAGGAUGCUGGUAUGGCUACAAAAGAUAUUCAUGAAGUGAUCUUGGUAGGCGGCAUGACACGUAUGCCUAAAGUAGUCGAGACAGUUCGAAAAGUGUUUGGCAAAGAACCCUCUAAAUCAGUCAAUCCUGAUGAAGCGGUUGCUCUAGGCGCUGCUAUUCAAGGUGGUGUCUUGGCUGGCAGUGUGACAGAUAUCUUGUUGCUUGAUGUCACGCCUCUUUCGUUAGGUAUUGAAACAUUGGGUGGUGUCUUUACUCGUCUGAUCAACCGCAAUACAACGAUUCCUACCAAGAAAUCACAGGUCUUUUCAACAGCAGCAGAUGGUCAAACCCAAGUCUCUGUGCGUGUAUUCCAAGGUGAACGUGAACUUGUGCGUGAUAACAAACUUCUAGGCGACUUCAAUCUGACGGGAAUUCCUCCCGCACCUAAGGGAGUACCUCAGAUUGAAGUUGAAUUUGAUAUUGAUGCAGAUGGUAUUGUCAAUGUUCAUGCCAAAGACAAGGCAACUAACCGAGAUCAAUCAAUUACGAUUGCUGCUUCCUCGGGCUUAAGCAAAGACGAAAUUGAAAACAUGGUGCAAGAAGCAGAAAAGAAUGCUGAAAUGGAUCGUCUUCGUCGCGACACCAUUGAAAUGGCUAAUCGUGCUGAAUCUGUCAUGUCUGAGACAGAAAAGGCCAUGGAAGACUUUAAAGAUCAGAUUGACAAGACAGAAGCAGACAAAUUGAAGCAACAAAUUGAGUCUUUAAAGGCCGAAGCAGUCAAAGCACAAGCAGGCGAUACAGACAUUAAGCCUGAGGAUUUGAAGCACAAGAUCGAUCAACUUCAAUCAACUUCUCUUAAGCUGUUUGAAAUGGUAUACAAGCAACGUACACAUCACCAAGAUGAUGAUAAACCACAAAACUAAAAGCGGUCUUUUUUGUUCUUUUUCUUUUUUUUUUUCUUUU